AUGGAGUCAGAGGAGGAGUCUAUUUAUGGAGAGAUAAUUGGAGAUGUUGGAGGAGAGGAAGAGUGGGGUAAAGCAGAAAGUGGAGUGGGUUUGAAGGGGAGUAGACUCCUCAUCCAUGCAGCAAUCUUGAUGACUAUGGAUCGUGGCCGAGACGUGGUACUCGACAUUUCUGAUCACGGCAACACCUUGGCCAGUUGGAUCCGUUUAGGCGAAGACGUAGAGGCUUGUCAGCAAAAUGGCACUAAGGUCCUCGUCUCUCUUGGAGGACCUUUUGGAACUUAUUCACUGAAAUCUGUUGACGAUGCCGAAGCGGUUGCCAACCAAUUAUUGGAUUCCUAUCUGUAUCAAGGUGGCUUUGACGGCAUAGAUUUUCGCAUAGAAAGUGGCUCCGCACUAUAUUAUGAAAAUCUUGCAAAGCAAUUGAAGGAUGGUGCCAAACGAAAGAACAGAGAAAUCAUUUUAUCAGCAUUCCCUGGGUGCGUUUAUCCUGAUAAUUAUCUGGCAAGAGCCAUUAAUGCAAAUCACUUGGACAUUAUUUGGAUUCAGUACUUCAACAACAGUGCCUACCAGUAUGAUUCUAGUUUCGAAACUCCUGAUGAUCUGCUUUUGAUUUCUUGGAAGGAAUGGAAUUCGUUGGUCGACGAAAAGACGAAGCUGUUUCUGGGGAUACCGGCGUCCGCAACUAUUCCCGGGUACAUCCCACCGCAGAAGCUGCUCGAUAUAGUUAUUCCCAAUAUAACAGUUGGGACGACCGACUCAAAGUAUGCAGGUGUUUCGGUAUGGAACCGUUAUUAUGAUCUGGAAAUAAAUUACAGUCGCUCUAUCUACGGGAAAGUCUAA